AUGGAGGGUGUGGGAUCGAUGGACAUUGCAUGUACCGUUGAAGAGUGCAUUGUCAAGUGGCUGCUUGGUAAGCAGACGGACGAAUGUCGGCGACGGCAUAUUUGCGCCGUGGGAGAAGGAAACUCCAACCACUCCCCUGUGUUGGGCACCAAGACUUGGAUGACGGCACAAGACGACAAUGAAACGGGUGUUGACCAUUGA